ACGACGUCGACGGCGGCCCUCCGACGCCCGCGCACACUUCAGAAUGGCUGCCAGGUACACACGCCAGCUUCUCUACUCCCAUCAUAUCGCUGUCGUCGUAGUGCGCUCGGAGCGGAGAUACCGUCAACACUUGUUGCUUCGGUAUACGUGCAUCCAAGAGAGAUAUGUCCACUAACGGGGAGAACUCGCAAUAUGUCCUGAAGUUCGCUGGUGCGGCUAUCAGCAACAUGGCUGCGUCGGCGGCUACCAAUCCGUUGGAUAUCGUCAAGGUCAGACAACAGCUGCGCACACAAACACCGGGAGCGCGCACCAAUGCUUUCUGGACCGUGGGCGUCGAGAUGGCACGCACCGAGGGCGUCCUGAGCCUUAUGAAGGGCUUCUCGGCGAGUAUGCUUCGCGAGCUCGUCUACUCAGGCAUGCGGCUGGGUUCCUACGAGUACUUCAAGGACGUGCUGUAUGAGCGAUCGCGGGGCUCGCUGAGUAGAGAGGGGAUUGGGCUGAAGGUAGCUGCUGCAACAAUCGCGUCCGCCCUUGGAUCAGCCAUUGCGAACCCGACAGACUUGGUCAAAGUGCGCAUGCAGGCCUACUAUCCUUCCGGGAGCCCAUACAGGAAUAUGCGCCACGCGUUCGCAAUGAUAUGGAAGGAGGGUGUGGCACCAGCCGCAUCUACGGGUCUAGGGUCCGUGUCAGACGGUCUCCGUGCGCUCUAUCGUGGUUCGACUCCGACGACCGUGCGCGGGAUCGUGUUGUCAGUAUCGCAAAUAUGCUCGUAUGAUCAGGCGAAGCAGGUGCUCAAGCGGCGGGAGCUCAUGCAGGAGGGGGUGGGGUUGCAUUUCGUAGCGAGCAUGUUUGCAGGGCUUGUCUGCUCGAUCACGUCGAAUCCUGUGGAUGUCGUGAAGGUGCGGCUCAUGAACGAUAGCGGCCGGGAGUAUCAGGGCGUAUCCGACUGUGUGCGGAACAUCAUGGCGAAGGAAGGACCCCUCGCAUUUUACAAGGGCUUUGGCAUGUGCUGGGCACGUCUAGGACUGCACACGGUGCUGACAUUCGUCGUCUUCGAGCGAUUACGACUUCUAUUUGGGGUUGGUGCACUGUGAAUGAGGCUACGUUGUAUGACUGAGUUAUGUCGUCUGUAUUCUUACUACAAGUUCUUGUAAGCUGUGUGCCAUUCUAUCCGAGACUUUGAGAAGUCUCAGCACCAGCCUGGGAUCGAGAGAGGGGGCUCGACAGAACGCAGAGGAUGCUGCAUUCAUUUUCGAGCGCAUCUUGUUGGCAUACCGGUCCCGAGCCACUCACUACAUUGCUGUACAUCACG